UUCUGGAGGUAUAUGAAGGAAGCUAGGAUAGCUAGCUUGGGGGGGAAAGAAACGCUAAACCUGAUUACAUAAAACAUCUUUGGCAUUAUUCUGUUAUCUAGGGGUACCUCCUACUGGGCAUUUAGGCUUUGCUUGUGGGGGCUUUUCUUUUUAAAACAAAAGAGAGCUCUUGGUGUUCUGCUGCCUGCUCCAGCGAAUGUGUUUACACCAUUGCUCUGCCUCCGGAGAUUAGCAUAACUCCCUUUGCUGCUGGGCUGUUGUUCUGAGCAAUAUGCUCUGGAGAGGUUGGCUGUCAUCAUGAAUGCUUCCUGUUCUUCAGACAUAUCUGUGAAAGAAUUUCUAGCCAAAGCCAAAGAAGACUUUCUGCGGAAAUGGGAGAACCCUCCCCCGAGUAAUGCUGGGCUCGAAGAUUUUGAAAGGAAGAAAACCCUUGGAACAGGUUCCUUUGGGAGAGUCAUGCUGGUGAAGCACAAAGCCACCGAGCAGUACUACGCCAUGAAGAUCUUAGACAAGCAGAAGGUGGUUAAGCUGAAGCAGAUAGAGCAUACUCUGAAUGAGAAACGCAUACUACAGGCGGUGGAGUUUCCCUUUCUUGUCCGAUUGGAGUAUUCUUUUAAGGAUAAUUCUAAUUUAUACAUGGUUAUGGAGUAUGUUCCUGGGGGUGAGAUGUUUUCUCAUCUGAGAAGAAUUGGAAGGUUCAGUGAACCCCAUGCUCGUUUCUACGCGGCCCAGAUUGUGCUAACGUUUGAGUACCUCCAUUCCCUCGACCUCAUCUACAGAGAUCUCAAGCCUGAGAACCUCUUAAUUGACCACCAGGGUUACAUCCAGGUCACAGACUUUGGAUUCGCCAAAAGAGUCAAGGGCAGGACUUGGACAUUGUGUGGUACCCCAGAGUACCUGGCCCCAGAGAUCAUCCUCAGCAAGGGGUACAAUAAGGCGGUGGACUGGUGGGCACUGGGGGUGCUGAUCUACGAGAUGGCAGCUGGUUACCCCCCAUUCUUUGCAGACCAACCAAUUCAGAUUUAUGAGAAGAUCGUUUCUGGAAAGGUCCGAUUCCCAUCGCACUUCAGCUCUGACCUCAAGGACCUUCUCCGGAACUUGCUGCAGGUGGAUCUGACAAAGCGAUUCGGGAACCUGAAGAAUGGUGUGAGCGACAUCAAGACCCACAAGUGGUUUGCCACCACCGACUGGAUUGCUAUUUACCAGAGAAAGGUUGAGGCUCCAUUCAUACCAAAGUUCAGAGGCUCUGGAGAUACCAGCAACUUCGAUGACUAUGAAGAAGAAGAAAUCCGUGUCUCUAUAACAGAAAAAUGUGGAAAAGAAUUUUGUGAAUUUUAGGGAGGAAAAAGAUUGCCUCGAGCUCACACUCAGUCUUUGCACGCUGUCGAGGUGGAAGGUGGAGCCGAGCCCUGCUUGUCGAAGCAGUUACCAAGUUCCUUCAUUCCAGCAACUGAGUGAGGUCCUUAUUGCGUCAUCAGUGUGCACCUGCAACCACCUGUGUACCAAGGCACCACUCCGCAAGCACUGGCCGUGCCAUAACACAGUGUGCACCACUUUCCUGCUGUCGGUUGUUUUCUCCGCCCUCCUGCAUCCUUCUCAUAACUUCUCUGACCAGUGCUCCGUUUUGUUUUCUGGUGUUUCAGAUGGCAGUGUUAUGGCUGUGUGUUAUUUAAAGGAAAGCUGCGUGUUGCUUUUUGUAGUUUGGAGCGAUAUUUUUGCUGACCAGUGGCUUGAAGAUAAACUCUAAUGAUUAUUUUUAUUUCGAGUAGCUCGGACUCAGUUUUGCCAAAACUCUUAAUAAUUUUUGCAGAUGGAAUGUCUUAUCACCAAGGGGAUUUGCCUACAUGAAGAUAAUAACUUUGAGGAGGCAGUGAUGGGCGGUAAACUCAGUGGACCAGAGCCUUCAUCCCUUUGCCUUUUAAUAGUCUUCUCUCUGUGAGAAAGUGAGUGACCAGAGAGAUUCUUCAUUUGUCAGGAAAAGUGAGGGACGUGGCUCCUUGCCUGGCUGUCUCCCUUGGUACCAACAGCUCUGUGUGUUAGACAGGAGUUUGAAGGUUUCGAAGACUUCACUCUUGUGUGAGGGUUUUAGCCAGUAUUUUAGGAAAACAUGACCGAUAAAAUUUCUUAGCUAGUCCACAUUGUCUGUUUCUUAAGGGAAACGAGCAACUCAAGGGAACAUGGAUUUGGAUAAAUACUAAGUCAGCAAAAGCCUUGAUCCCUGCUUACAGCUUAGAGGUGCCCUCCUUUACGGGACAUUUUCUGUUUGCUUUGGUUGAACAGAAGCUGCCGUUGCCUGCAGUCUGUGUGUUAGAGGAGGGCACUGUUGCAACUUCGACUUUACCCUGCCCUGUGGCGGUGGGGAAGGGAGGCUAAGCUUAAGAAACUGCCACAUUUGUGUUUUAAUUCCGAGGUGUGAUAUCCUUAGAUAUAUCAGAAUCUCUAACUCCUUUUCUUUUUGGACAGAGUAUAUGAUCAUGCAGAUACAGUUCUAAUAUUUGCGUUUCCGUGGUUUUUAUACUUUUUGCCAAUUGACUUCACAUGUUGCCAUCAGGAGGAAAUUUCAAACACUCUUGCACACUUAGUUCGGUGUUCCUUUGGGAAGAAAUGGCUAACUUUUUUCUUUACUAUUCUUUCAUUGCUUUUAAUUUUCCCAUCUCAUUUUUUUUCUCUGUAUCAGUGACCUACCUUAAAUGAUCAGCUCACCCAAAUGGUUUAAAAUAUUCCGUUUCAUGAGUGAUCAACAAGCAUAUAAGAUUGUUUUGCGUCAAACCCUAAUGUAUAUAGAUAUAUAUAUAUAACCUCUAUCUGCUUCCUUACUGGUGCAGGUAGGUCAUUGACACCACUCUUGUUCAUAUGCACCCACCCUCACUAAACCCUUGAGGACACUGAAGUCCUAUCUGAGACGUCCCCUCCACCUAGCUGCAUGUCUUUCGGUUGUCAAGUGUCUCUGCAUGGCAGUGUCCCACAAAGACAGAUAAUGAUUUCAGUUGGUCCACCUGUAUUUAAAAUGUGCAAGAAAAAUUGAAAUACUCUGCUGUAGCAAGUUUUAUGUAACAAAGAUAUAUCAUUGUGUUAAUAAAUUAAAAGCAUCAUUUGUACAAAAUACUUUUAGUUUUUUGUAUUUCAUUUAAAUCCAAGAACAUGCUGAUCAUUGUGUUUUAUGUAUGCUACAAUUUCUUUGGUAGCAUUGUUGUAUAUUACUGUAAAAUUGUUUCAAUAAAUCAUGGGGAUGACAAUUUGAUUGUUAUAAUUUAGUUUUCAAAAAUUGAACAGAUUUCUAUGAAUCCUAAAAAUAUUUUUUUCUAUGAAAGUGUUAGUGCCCAGCUAGAGUCUGCCCGGGAGAUGACCCCUCGGCCAUUCCAUUUUAGCGUCUGUUUUAAGUACAUGAGCAAACCAUCAGACGUGUCAAAGGGGUCUAGUUCUGGCUAAUCAAGUACACUAAAUUGGAAUACUUUUAACAUACCUAAAAUUCCCAUUUUUAGCCACAGCGUAGCCAAAAAGAUUUUCUUUAAAGUUUGAAAUAAGUCAGUGGCAAAAACCAGUAUUUUACUUAAAUUAUAUUACACAAAACAGAAGAAAUGAUGUUUUUGCCCAGAAUGUAAAGAAUAGCCUUGUGCAGAAAGGAGCCGUGAGAGGAUGGUGAGACUUAGCAGAGUGAUGUCUGCUGCAGACAGAGAGCUGGAAAGCACUUUCUGGGGUCCCUUGCAAUUUCCCGUGUUAGGUCAAGGUUCCCUGUAUCCAGUACUCUUAAGGGACGUCGUACUUUGAAGUAAGUUUCUGUACAGUGAUACAUUUCUGUGCGUCCUUCCUCUUACAUCUGACAACAUUCUGAGAAUCCUUUGACUAUCAUAAGAUUCUUGUCUGGCCCAUUCCUUUCUCCCCCACCAAUGCUAAAUAUCAACUUGAUAUCAAACUGUCAGCCUACCAAAAAGAUAUUGUGGCUUAUGGGUAUUGCUGUCUUGUUCUUGGUGUAUUCCUGUACUGAUUGCCCCUUGGUCUGAAAAACUUGCUCAGUGUAAGCCUAAAAGUAGAUGGCUAUCCUUUUCCCACUGACUGUUUUUCUUUCCUUCUGCUUGUUGUAAGAAUCCAAUGAAAUAAUGUAUGUAAAAACACCCUGUAAACUGUAAGCUUUCGGUGUAAGAUGUAAGGUGUGUUGUUAUUUCAUUAAUUACUUCUCUGUUUAGAGUGCAGUUUCCUAUGCACUACUAUAGCUAGGAAAUGCUGAAAAUGUGUUUUUUAAUUCAUCAGUAACCGCAAAAUUAAAGUAUCUUCAAAGGUUAAAGGCUGCAGAGUCUUGAGUUCUAGCCAAAGCCCUUCGUCCUAGGUGUCUCUUCUGCCGGUGGUGUGGCUGGAUUCCUAGUUUUCAGGUAGCUGGAGUGAUUGGCGGCUCAGCUCUGAGCCAGGAGAGGAUGAAUAUCAACUCUUCUAUUUAGAUUAGACCUUGACCUCGGCACUGCUGGGUGUGCCCGGGUUGCCCAGUGGCCCUGCUUCCUCAUUCUGCUCCAGAUUCCUCCUAACGAUGGGAGUGAAUUUGUGAGUUUGGUGCUGUGAGACCUUUAUGCUGAGUGUGCCGUGAGCUAGGAGCACGGGCUUUGCUCUUCAAGGCCACCUUGGAGCUCUCCUCCACCCUCACAGCUAGGCCAUUCAGUGUGCAGUGUGCAUGGCUUGAGAAAUAUGCAGUUUUAGAUAAUUAUGUUAAAACCUUUCAAUUUUGUUUGAUGGUCAUUGCAAACAUUUACAAAUACUCAUGCAUUUUCUAACAUGAUUCUUAUUGUUUCUAGUGCUAAUUUUUUUAGUCAUUAUCAGGGCUGAAUAUAAAUCUCAGUUUUCUCAUUUCUCUUAUAAAGUUCUGGGUAUGUCUUUAUCCUAUAACUUAUUAUUUGAGACCAAAUUAACAAUAAAGUUUCUCUUCUGCACA